AUGAUAUUGUCGAUGCUGUUGAUUCUAUCUAUUAAUCAAUGUUUCAGUCAAAUAGGUUUUCCAAAACAAUUUCAAGCAACAUUGAAUAUAAGUGGAUUAUAUUCAUGGCAAACGCCAUCUGAAGGUUUUCAACAACUAUUGUAUGAUUAUGAAAAUUUAAGAGUUCGUAUUGAUAUUCGCGGAUGGCGAUCGCAACAAAACGAAACUUACAUGAUUCAAUACAAACCCCAAAGUGCUGAAGCAUAUUCACCAGCUUCGCAGGGUUAUACAAUGUUUAUUUUCAAUCCUGAUUAUCCAGAACCGACAAAAAAUGAUUGUUGGUACAGAACAGAUCCAAUGGGUGAUAUAGGUCCAUUUCCGACCACUUGGUUCUACAAUUCACAAGAUCACACUGAAAUUCAACCAUGGUUUCCAUUACCAUCGAAUCUUAUCAAUAAGGGUGAAGAAUGGAUACCAGAAAUUCAACUAAAUGCAAUAAGAUAUGAUUCACCAGAAAUAUGUGAUUUAAAACGAUCUGGUAUUGGCAAAGUUCCAUGUUUGAGUUAUUUUGAAACACAAGAUAGACCAGUUAAAACCAUUCGUGCACGUGCUGCUCACGGUGGUUACGAUAGUGAUGAAUACAUAAGUACCGUUUAUUUAUUAUUUACGCAUGGUAUUCCAUCAGCAGCUGAACAUUUGUUUGAUUUACCUGAUCAAUGGCCCUCUUAUUGUGGCAAUGCAAACACGGGUAAACUAUAG